AUAGUGGAGGCACUAUCACAGACCACGUGAGAGGAAUAUUCAAUGACGGUCCCCGACAGACCGGUUCAUCUCUGCUGGCACUCCUCUGCUGCUGACAUGGACUCUUGGACACUGUGUUUCCCCAGCUUCCCACAAACGGACGCGGAGGGAGGGCGACACUCCGUCUGAAUGUAACCUCUCAUCUUUUGCCGUUUUCUCUUCUUUUUUCUGUUCUUUUUUGUUUCAUUUUCUUCUUCUUCUUCUUCUUCUUCUUCUUCUUUUUCCUCCUCCUCCUCCACAAGUCAAACACUCACAGAGGGGGGGUGAUGGCUUGGCCGUGCAUCAGCAGAGUGUGCUGCCUGGCUCGCUUCUGGAACCAGUUCGACAAAUCGGACCUGUCCGUCCCGCUCACCAUCCAGAACUACUCGGACAUCGCCGAGCAGGAGGUGCGGUCCGUCACCAAACAGGUCUCCGCGUCGGAGCGCGCGCAAGGGAAUAACUACUCGACCCCGAACCCGCGUGCCGCCGGCGACUCUCCUGCGCCCAAAGAUGGCACGGGCACCCGGGGAUCGUUCCGGGCGCGGAAGGAGCCCAGCUACAAGCCCCGGGAGGACUACCACCCGCCCGGAGUGCCUUUCCCCAGUGUUACCCAGUACAAGCAGGAUUUCAAACCCUGGCCCAUUCCCAGGAAGGAGAAUUUCCCGUGGAUUAGUAACGGGGGCAGCAGGGCGGACAGUGUGUCGGACAGCCCGGGGAACAGUUACCACAGCCAGGCACAGCCCGGGGAGAGAGAGGAGCGGGGCAGGGGGCAGAGGUGGGGAGAGCAGCAGGUGAUGGAGGGGAGCAAAACCAGCUCCUACAGGCAAGAGUACAGGCCCUGGACGGGGGUGAAACCAGCCAAAAGUGCGAGGAAAAAUCCUCCAGCUCAGUACUCCAGCCCAGGGACAGAGGCCACCCAUGUCCCGCGUGAGACUAGCUACCAGGCUGCCUACAGCGGGGAGGUCCACAGGUCCUUAGGGCUGCAUCAGGGGGAGCACAAUAUCGUAUCUGCCGCCUCCAAUGUACAACCUGCUGCUGUCCCCCUGCCCAUUCCCACUGCCCUGCAAACUGGCAGCUCACCCAUCCCCUCCAGCCUCCAGCAGAGCGUCCCACCUGAGAGGACCGAGCUCGGUACAACCAAGGGAGAGGAACAUCUGGUGAGGACCAAGCUCCCUCCGAACCCUUCUGCUGUCUUUCAAAGCGGAUCCAGGGUCUUCAACAUCUGACAGCUGCUCCGAUUUCCAACCAUUCCACUUUGAUCGGUUUCAGUUUUAAGGAAUCAACAGGGGAAUGAUUUGAGUCCAUUCCACAACACAAGAAUCUAUGCAAGGGAAUGUGUACUGUUGUGAAGCCUGUGGAGCUGCAGCGUCAGUGUCCUGAGCGGAGAUGGAUAGAUAGACGCCCCCUCCUUUUACACUCCUUCCUGCCCCCGUUGCUAUGGAAAUGAAUAUGCAUGUAACUACAUAGUUUUAAAACAAGCUUUUUUUUGUUUAUGCAAUUAUAGAUGCACAAGAAACUGGCUGCUGUGUGUGUGUGUGUGAGUUUGUGUGUGUGUGUGUGUGUGUGUGUGGACCUGCUGAUUUGCCCUUUUAUUGUACAUAAUGUUGAGUCUGCUCCAAUACUGAAUGACAUGGUUGGUCGUUAUGUGAGUAUGCUUAGAGUACUUUGUUGCCCUUUGGUGUUUUGCUAGAAAUCUGCUAGAAUAUAAGUUAUUUAUUUCCUCAUUAUUCAAUGAGUUUACUAUUUUGAAAAAGUAUUGUUCGGUCUAUUAUUUUGUAAAUCUAUUGUUAAGGAAAAAGAACAAACGUA